CCAAAGGCACCAGACUACGCUUGAAUAUAUAAUGUAAAAUAAAUUCGGCAGUGAAUUAAAAAGUUAAAGUACGCAUUUGCGCCGUUACAGCGCAUAAACAGUUUAAUAAGCGCCCAGCAUCCCGACGCUUUACGCGCACAGCCCUGCGGGCGUCGCCGUUCUGGAUGCGCGCGGUCCGCCGGUAUCCCGGCAAACCGCUGAUCGUUUAAAGUCUCACCAAGUUAGAAGCGUUUUUCCGGAUACACCUGCGGAAACCGCGAAGAAGCAGCUCGGCACUGCGCUCUGUUACCGGAUCGAGUCGCCGCUCCUGUCUUCGCUGACCCUGCUUUCGGCUUCGUGCAUGUCCGGUCCGGUCGGUUCGGCUCGGCUCGCCUCAGCUCGGCUGGGAGUGGACUUUUUUUUUGUUUGGUUUUGCGAGCCGUCGACGUGAUUUGUAGUACAUGCAGGGCGAUCGGGCGUUUUCAACUUCACUCAAGUUUGUUUUUUUUUCGUCUUAUGUUUAAAGUUUUUGUUUUAGCAGAUUGAAAGACCAACUGCGAUGGGAUGCUGUGGCAGCGCCGAGAGGCCAAAGCGAGAAUGGAGACCUUUAGAGGAAAGAUCCUGCACGGAUAUUCCCUGGCUCAUUGUAUUCCUGCUGUUCUGCUUCGGCAUGAUGUUCAUCUGCGGGUUUGCCAUCGCCACGGGGGCGGCGUCCAGGCUGGUGUCGGGCUAUGACAGCUUCGGGAACACGUGCGGCAAGAGUAACUCGCCCAUAGCCGGCAUCCCACUCAGCGGCAGGGAUCAGACCAAAAACAAGUACGUCUUCUUCCUCGAUCCCUGCAACAUCGACCUUGUGCACAGGAAGAUCAAAUCCAUGGCCCUAUGCGUGUCCAAGUGUCCCGACGUUCCACUCAUUUCACCCGAAAGCCUGAAGAAUUUUGCUGAGCAGAAUGGUUCCUUACUCUGCUCAUACGACUUGUCGCCUGAUCAAUACACCACAAGUCCAGAAAAAGCCACAAAAUGUCCCAAGCUUCCUGUACCUAAAAGCUCGUCCCUGCCCAUCUUCCAUCGCUGCGCUCCCAGUGACGUCGCCUGCUACUCCAAGUUCGCCGAGGCCCUCAUCACCUUCGUCAGCGACGACAGCACACUGCACAGGCUCAUCGCCGGAGUGAUGACCAGCAAGGAGAUCAUCGUGGGCCUCUGCCUCCUGGCUUUAGUGCUCUCGUUUAUCCUGAUGCUUGUUAUCCGCUACAUCUCCGCUGUGCUGGUCUGGAUCCUCACCGGAGUUGUGAUCCUCGGCUCGUUGGGAGGAACCGGUGUUCUCUGGUGGCUCUAUGCAGAUCACCAGAACGCCUUGAAUAAAACCCUGGGCCCAAAUGAGCUGCAGGUGGCCCAAGACAAUGUCCGUGCCUUGCUAAUAUAUGCCAUCGUCGCUACUGUUUUCACAGUGAUCCUGCUCCUCCUGGUGUUCAUCAUGAGGAAGCGUGUGGCUCUCACCAUCGCUCUCUUCCAUGUGGCUGGGAAGGUCUUCAUACACCUGCCUCUGCUCGCCGUCCAGCCGCUUUGGACCUUCCUGGCCCUCAUGUGCUUCUGGGUCUACUGGGUCAUGGUUCUGCUCUUCCUUGGCACUGCGGGUAACCCAGUCAAAAACAACCAGACGGGUUUUGUAGAGUUUCACAUGUCCGGCCCCCUGCAGUACACAACCUGGUACCACAUCGUGGGCCUGAUCUGGAUCAGUGAGUUCAUCUUGGCCUGCCAGCAGAUGACGGUGGCUGGGGCAGUGGUCACCUACUACUUCACAAGGGACAAGUCCAAAAUGCCCGCCACCCCGAUCCUCACAUCCCUCUUCCGCCUGGUACGCUACCACCUGGGCACAGUGGCCAAGGGCUCCUUCAUCAUCACGCUGGUCAAGAUCCCUCGCCUCAUCCUCAUGUACAUCCACAACCAGCUAAAAGGAAAGGAAAAUGCCAUCGCUCGCUGUUUGCUAAAAGCUUGCAUUUGCUGCCUGUGGUGUUUGGAAAAGUGCCUCAGUUAUUUGAAUCAGAACGCCUACACUGCCACGGCCAUCAACAGCACCAGCUUCUGCACGUCGGCGCGCGACGCCUUCCUGAUCCUGGUGGAGAACGCCCUGAGGGUGGCCGCCAUCAACACCGUGGGGGACUUCAUCCUGUUCAUGGGGAAGAUCUUGGUUGUGUCCUGCACGGCCUUCGUGGGGGUGUUGACGCUGAACUACCAGCGCGCGUACACCGUGUGGGUGGUGCCGCUGAUCAUCGUCUGCGUCUUCGCCUUCCUGGUGGCCCACUGCUUCCUCUCCAUCUUCGAGAACGUGGUGGACGUCCUGUUCCUCUGCUUCGCCAUCGACACCAAGCACAACGACGGCAGCCCGGGCAGGGAGUUCUACAUGGACAAAGCCCUCAUGGAGUUUGUGGAAAGCAGCCGGAAGGCUGGCCCCAGCCGGUCCGACGGCGCCGACAGCAAGGAGAUGAGGCCCAUGGUGAGUGAGGAGACCGCCGGACCCCCUGCAUCAGGUUUUUGGCCCAUGGGCCUGUAAAUCGGGCCGUCUGGGAGAGCACUGGGCCGAGCAGCAUGUGUCCAUCGCCACUAAAGGGCCGUCGUUUCUAACUAGUCCAGAUUCUAUCCUUCAUAACAUGCUUUCAGAAAGGGAUGUUCUCCCCAUUACCUGCUGCAUCUUAUUUCCCUUAUUUAUUCAUUUUUAAGUGGCUUUGGUGGUUUAUUUUAUUUUUAGAGCAUGACUUUUACUGCCCAAGUAAACAAUCUAAAACGCAAGUACUGUUGCAUCCUAAGCUGUUGCGUGAUGAAGGCGUGACUAUACAGCUGGGAUAUUUAUAAGUGUGUGUAUAUAUAAUAAAUCUCUAUUAAUGAAUGUUGCCAUGGGCUCACUGUAAAUGCCUUUCAUUCUCAGUUUUAAUACUUUAACAAUAAACAGGCUCGCAUUUUAUAUCAGUAUUUGAUUAGAUUGACAAGUUCUGUUUGGCUAUAGUUUAUUUUAUCGGCCCAUAUAGUCAAAUCACUAGCUUUUCCUCGGUAUUGUCUCUCGGGAAUCCAAAAUGUUUCCAUGCGGUGGAAGACAAAUGUCUUUCGGUGACCAGUUCUUAUUCGUGUUUCUCCACCUCACUAAUUUGUUAAAUUUCUCACCAAUGUGCAACAGUAAUCAAAUGAGUGAGUCCUACAGCGUAGAUGGAAAUUAUCGUGAUUGGUUCAGAGAGUGCAUUUAUUUGAUUUAUUUUCUUAUUUAUGUGUGUGUGUGUGUGUGUGUGUGUGUGUGUGUGUGUGUGUGUGUGUGUGGAUAAUCUCAAAGGAACGCUCAUUGAAAUUGCGAAGCUUGCCAAGUUUUGAUUCCUAUGAGUAAAAUGUUUCAGCUUAACCUAUGGAUGGUCAAGCCAGACCAUCGCUGUCUUUGGCGAUGUGACAGUCGCAUAUGCAUAACAUGCGAUGUUAUUAACAAUAUGCAUCAUGCAGGCCUCGUUUCCAUCCGUCCAUUCUGUACUGCUCAUCCAGUCCAGGUUGUGGGGGCAGUAGUCUGAGCAGAGGUGCCCAGAUCUUCCUCUCACCAGCCAGCUCCUCCAGAGCGAUACCAGUGUGCUCCCAGAAUCUCUCCAGCGUGUCCUUGGUCAGCCCCAGGGUCUCCUCCUGGUAGUACAUGCCUGAAGCACCUCCCCAGGGAGGCGGAGCCUAGUUUCAGCUAGGAGGAAAAAAGUGACGCAUCAGAUUUCUACUGUGAUAGAUGGUUGCAGAGAAUAUCAUACCCGUUUUUUAAACAGGUUAAAGUGUGUGGGAAGAUUUUAUUUACUUUGAACAGAAGGAGCUGUGAUCUAGAUUGCAAUGUUUUUUUUGUGAUAAUUUGGAGUAUUUUGACAUAAAAUAAUACUUGACCUCCUCUUCCCUCUUCCAGGCUGGUGGACAAAGCUCAGCUUGACCAAAAUCAUCCACCAACUUUUAUUUUUGUUGUUUUCAAAUUUACUUUAAGUUACAUUCCAGAUGCUUACUGUAUUUUUUUUUAACAAUGUGUAAUAUGUUUACUAUGGGUUCACUCCAGGGAACAUGAGAUCUUAAGAUGUACAUUUAACACCUGGUGCAAUUUCCAAGCAUGACAACUGUGAUCCAGAGUAGCACAAUUGUCAAACAUACAGAAUCACUUUUGGAUCAGUCUUUCAAUAAGUUCCAUUGCCAGUUAAUUUUUUUUAGAUUUUAAUAUCACCACCCCCCCCUACAAUUUUUGUUUAAUAUCUUUUAUGCGGGGGGGGGGCAGCCAAUUCAUCUGGGGAGUUCAGUAAAUGUCUGGGUCUGCACAUGCUCAGUGUGGCAUUUCAGGGCCUAUUGGACCAACACCCCAGAACAUUCUGUAAAGAAGACUAAGCAAUAAGUGGCCGCAGUGGUCUUCCAUCUCGCCCUGGGUUUUCGUCCGGCCCGCACCGCGACUGGACCUUACCGUAAUGUGACUUCUUGCGAAUUGCCUUAAGCGGUUCAGUAGGCUGUGUGCCCUGUCAGGUCCCAAAGCAGCCGUGUCCGUGGGAUCCCGGCAUGACAAACGCCACCAGGGGAACUGAGUUUGCCUUACAAAGUUCAAUUUUUCUUAAACGGGUGGGAAUGUGGAGGACUUGUAAUAAGUGGUGUAAUUUGCAUGCAUAAUUAAAAAAAAAAAAAAAAGUAGGUCAGCCAAACACUCUUGAUUUAAAGGGUAAAUCAUAUUUCUGGAGUUCAGGUCUGGAUGGCUACACUCUGAUCAGAUUUUGGAUUGUUGAGAAUCAGUGCUUGUCGAUUGGUACUGAAGUCAUACUUGCAGUGGCCUGAUAGCCAAAAAUCACGUUUACAUACUGUGUUUCAGUUCCAGGAUCAUUUAGAAUGUUCCCUUAUUGGUCCAAAUAAACACCUCUUAUGCCAUAAUGUGAUACGAUGUAGUUCCAACAUCAAACAGUAGGGUUUUAAGGUACUGAAAUGUAUGUUUGUGUUAUUCUUUGAAUUGCACUGGGUGGUCUGUUCUUACGAUAGGAAUUCUUUUUAUUAUGUGACCAAAGAGAGUGUUUUUGUGGAAUGACACUCUUUAGAGACAAUCUAGCUUAGAAAUUCUGUUAUGUGACCAUAUGGAAUUGUAUGAAGUAGACCAUGAAUUAAAGUCUCUCUUGCUGACUGAUUUAUAUUUAAGGUUAAAUUGCUCCAUUUCCUCUGAAUCAUUUGCUGAUAAAAGGCACAGACUAAUUUAGACAAAUGCUGAGAUAAUGAGUUUAGACUUAUUUUAAACAUUUUUUAAGCUAUUUAUGAUAACUUUAUUCCUAAAUCAGUAAACAUGUGGAGCACAACUAUUUUGGUCAUUUUAAGUUUCGGAGUGGCCGAAUUUUCUCAGGAUAAUUGUGGGCAGCGGAAUCGUGGAAUGGUGAGAACUUCAUUGUUGGCCUUAAAGCUGCAGCGCUAUUGACAGGAAGUCGGUUAUAAAUCAUGCUCAAUGUCUUGACCCUGUUUGUGCACCAACAAAAAAUCUUUAGUUCACUUGAGCACUGACACAGAAUUCCUCUUUGACACUAAUGUGGUUUUUGAAUAUACAGAACUACUUUUUAAACUAAUUGCAUUUUUUUUUUCUUGUUUCGCUUUGUACAUGUUACUAUUUUGGCUUUACGUUUACAGUUUGCUUUCACUGCAAGAACUGUGUGUAUCUACACCUGCCCUUUCACCUCUAUGCAUUAUUUUACCUAUUUAAUUUGUGGGGAUUCUGGAAUGGAAAUGGGGGGAGGAGCCAUUUAUGCCAUAAGUCAGAAUGUUUCCUUGUUCUUGCUUUAUCUUGUCAUGUACCUUUAUUUAGGUCACUGAGGGGUUUAUUAAACGCUUUAACUGCACGUCUUAAUGGCAAUAAGUUUGUAAACUUGCUUCCCUUAUGAUUCUUUACGUACAUAUUUUUAAUAAAAUACCAAAGGACUA